AUGUCCCUCUCUCCCAAGUUCGAAUUUCUGCGCUCCACCGGAAUUUCGGAGCUGGAAAUUCCCACCAUUGUGUCGAGAUACCCCGACUUACUAACCAGAUCGUUCAAACGUAGAGUAGCACCUGUUUAUAACUACAUUAAGGGCAUAAUUGGUGCUGCUAAUGCUAAUACUCUUCUAAGGAGAGGGUCUUGGAUUUUUAAACUUGAUAUUGAGAGUAGGAUUGUACCAAAUAUGGAUUUGUUGAGGGAGGUAGGUGUGCCCCAACAGUUUAUCAAGUUUGCAUUGCUAAAUUGCACCAACAUUUUCUUCCAGGAUCGUGUCGAGUUGAAGAGAGUUGCUGAUGAGGUGAAGCAGUUAGGGUUUGAUUCGUUGAAGUCGACCUUCAUAUUGGCAAUAUAUGCGCGAAAGGGGGAAGGAAGUGUAUGGGACAAAUGCAAUGGAGUUUAUAGUAAAUGGGGCUGGUCGGAGGAUGAUAUUCGAAUGGCAUUUAAGAAGCAUCCCUCUUGUAUGCUUUUAUCCGAGAAGAAGAUAUCAGCAACCAUGGAUUUUCUAGUUAACAAGUUAGGUCGGGAGUCAAGAGUGAUUGCAAAGUCUCCGCGAGUUCUUUUCUAUAGCCUGAAGGAGAGGAUAGUUCCUAGGUGCUCCGUUGUUCGUCUCUUGGUGUUGGAGGGUUUGGUUGAGGAAGAUUGGAACUUAAGCAGUGUGCUUUCUCCUGUUGAGAGCAAGUUCUUGGACAAAUAUGUGUCGAGAUACACUGAGAAAAUGCCCCAACUUUAUGAUGUUUAUCUGUCGUACAAAGCGAGUGGCGUGCUUGUGUAA